GUGGCAGCAGAAGGUGGGAACGUGCAACUCAGUACAAAGGCAAAGAUAAUAGCUGCCUUUUGUUGGGGACUUACAGCAAGCCAAGCCCUAUGUUGAGCCCUUUGCAUACCUGACUAAAAUAAUCCUCACAACAAGCCUGUGAGGUAAGUAUUUUUAGCUUUACAGAUGAGGAAACAGGCUAAUAAUGGAGAAAGAACGCAGUUUCUAUAGAGAUGAUGUAACACCAUAAAAACUAUAGUUUCGUCAGAGGGCAGCAGGCAUCAUGGCACACAGCAGGACAGACAGACUGGAGAGCAGUUUGUCUCCUUUCCGCUGCCAAAGAGGGCCUUCGGGAGUUUUUAGAAAGCACUUGUGUUUGGGGCGCGGAGCCUUAGUAACAGAAGGGACUCAGAGAGAGAGCUCCGGCCCGGGAUACGGGAUACGGUGCUGGAGGAAGGGAGCACAAGGGCGACUGGCUCGAGGGGAUGUGCUGGCGGCUGAUGGCGAGGGAAAAGGGGAAGGCUGCGUUCUGGGGCGAUGUGAAGGGAAGGAAACUCACUCAGAGGCCUGAGAAGUAACAUUAAAGGGGGAAAAAAAAGAAGUACUGCUCGGGCCCUGUGCGGAAAAGAGGCAGACACAGUGUAGACGGCACUGCAUGUGUGCGCACACUGUGUCAGACGCUUCGUCCUCUGUGAGACCAUUCUAGGUAAGGAGAAGACGUCUUUAUCUUAGAAACUGAGGAAUCUGAGAUUCAGAGAAACAAAGUAACCUGCGCCUGCUUUCACAGCCAGUAAGUGGCAGCUCUUCGGAUAGCAAGUCCAAGGUUCUUUCCGCACUACCUCCCUCUUGAGAUCAGGCGCCAGAAGCGAUCUUUGGAUGAAAAUACACCGAGUUAUACCAGUAACUGGGAGGGAUUGAUUGUGUUUGUUUUAUGGGAACAGGUUCCGUCAGCUUCUCUACAGUUGUUAAGGUUAGAGUGUGAGACCAGAAGAGCGGCUUUGAAAGAGAAGCAGGAUUCUUUCAGUUUUGCCCAGGAAGUCUGAAGGAGAGAGGCCCAGGAAUUUUCCUAGAGGAGAGGACUUUGCAGACAAAGGACAGAGGGAGAGAGACUAGAUUCCCAAAAGGUUCCUAAGGUAACACCGGCAGCAGCCUGUCGGUGACUAUGGGUGAGGGCUUCCCCUGUGCCUUUUUGAAAGGAUAGGGGGAAUAGGAUCAGGGUGUUGGCUGUUUUCUUUUUAAGGCCAUAGCCCCAUUAAACGCAGAUCAAGGCAAGCACAUGGCUGCCUCCCUCCUUUGGUUCUGUCAUUACAACCUCUUGAGCUCUCCUUAGCCACCACCAGCCUCUUUCCUAGAAGCCCAUUACUCACUCUUUCAGAAGCGGCAUACUAAACUGCUCUGUCUUGUUUGUGCUUGUUCAGGAGAACAGAAGAGGUGUAUGUGUGGGAGGUGGGGGACGUACUGUUCUCUUUCUGAGUUUGUGUGGAAUUUCCAGGGCUAGGCUCCCCUCUCGUGUCGGCCAAAGUGAUGCGACCUGCUUCCCUCUGGCUGCCGUUCCCAGCUUUUCAGAGGCUGAGAUGCACGGUUUUAGAUAGCAGCGGGGAGCAGAACUUGACUUUGAGGGUGGGGUAAAUUCCCUCCAAAGUAGAUGUUCGAAUUCACGCUUGCUCUCUGCCCGAUUCCAAGGUAGCAUAGUAAUCGCUGGUUUUAUAAACAGGUGAUUCCACCCUUGAGAAGGAGGGACUUAACCCAUGAAAGGCAGACAUCAGAGGCCUUGGAGAUUUAUAGUGAAGCAGGCAGAUAUGCCACGAUGACUCGAAGGCUCAAGUGGGACUACUUUUUAGCACUGCCUACCCCUCCCCGGCAUGUGACUCAUGCAAAAUGCAGCCACCUUUGUGCAGAUCUUUCUGGGUAGAUCUCCCCACUCGUGAUGGGGAAAUGUUUAUCAUAUUACACUGCACUGUUUCUUCAACAAGAGGAAUGGUUCCUGAACAGGACGUAGCUCACGUUAAUGAUGAGCAAAGCUCUCUGGGGCAUGAACCCGCUGAUCCCAUCAUCUCGUUCACCGCCAGUCUGUUAGAUGAAUGGUCACUGUAAGCAGCAGGUGCUAAUGAGCUGAGCAAGCAUUCUGUGGCCCACAGCUGUUUGUGCGGUUGGAGCCCUCCCCAGAUUCUCGUGGACAGUCCCCACUGUCCUUUGCUCCCUUCACAUGGGAAAGCCUCAUGACCAAAUUUUGGCAUGACUUCUUCAAAAGGAAUCCCCCUGUUGUAGCAAGUUGCUUUGCAGUUGGUAAUCUUAUUAGUGUGAAUGUGGGUCUGUUGUCCCCCUUUGGAGAGUCAGUACAGUAAUCUCCAUCCUCUCUGAAUUAAUGUCAGGAGAAAAGUUCUGUCGUCUUUGCUCCAGUUUUCCCCUUUCCCACACCCCUCCCCUCCCCCUGCCUCAACAAGAGAGAGGAUCAGACUUCAAGGUAUUGGCUCCCCACUUUGGAAGAGCUGUGACACCAGUUUAAACCAGAACUUUGUGAGCAUAAGUGAGCCUUGCAUCAACUUGCAUUCAGUGACUAAUUUACUCAUCGAACGGUGAAGAGAUUGUUUUCUGAAGGCUGCUGCGUUGGAGGCUGUGACAGAGCAGAGAGCCCGUGUGGAGCUGAUGGGGAGGCUUUCUGAAUAACAUGGCCCUUCGCCAUUAGUCUUGCCAUGACCACAUUUUUCACCAGCGUCCCCCCCUGGAUUCAAGAUGCAAAGCAGGAGGAGGAAGUGGGCUGGAAACUAGUUCCCAGGCCUCGGGGCCGGGAGGCGGAGAGUCAAGUGAAGUGCCAAUGCGAAAUCUCGGGGACGCCCUUCUCAAAUGGGGAGAAGCUGAGGCCUCACAGCCUCCCCCAUCCAGAGCAGAGACCGUAUAGCUGCCCUCAGCUGCACUGUGGCAAGGCUUUUGCCUCCAAGUACAAGCUGUAUAGGCACAUGGCCACCCACUCAGCCCAGAAACCCCACCAGUGUAUGUACUGUGAUAAGAUGUUUCACCGCAAGGACCAUCUGCGGAACCACCUGCAGACCCAUGACCCCAACAAAGAGGCCCUUCACUGUUCUGAGUGCGGUAAGAAUUACAAUACGAAGCUAGGCUACCGGCGCCACCUGGCUAUGCAUGCCGCCAGCAGCGGUGACCUCAGCUGCAAGGUGUGCCUGCAGACCUUUGAGAGUACCCAGGCCCUGCUAGAGCACCUGAAGGCCCACUCACGCCGAGUAGCAGGUGGUGCCAAGGAGAAGAAGCACCCCUGUGACCACUGUGACCGGCGAUUCUAUACUCGUAAGGAUGUGCGGCGGCACCUGGUGGUGCACACAGGCCGGAAGGACUUCCUGUGCCAGUACUGUGCCCAGCGGUUUGGCCGCAAGGACCACCUGACACGUCAUGUCAAGAAGAGCCACUCGCAGGAGUUGCUCAAAAUCAAGACAGAGCCAGUGGACAUGUUAGGCCUCCUCAGCUGCAGCUCCACAGUCAGUGUGAAGGAAGAGCUGAGCCCUGUGCUAUGCAUGGCCUCUCGGGACGUGAUGGGGGCCAAGGCCUUCCCUGGCAUGUUGCCCAUGGGCAUGUAUGGCGCCCACAUCCCUACCAUGCCCAGCACGGGCAUGCCACACUCCCUGGUGCACAACACGCUGCCCAUGGGUAUGAGCUACCCCCUGGAAUCCUCACCUAUCUCUUCCCCAGCUCAGCUUCCUCCAAAAUACCAGCUUGGAUCUACCUCAUACUUGCCCGACAAAUUGCCCAAAGUGGAGGUGGAUAGUUUUCUGGCGGAGCUUCCUGGAAGCCUGUCUCUCUCGUCCGCUGAACCCCAGCCCGCCUCACCUCAGCCGGCGGCAGCUGCGGCCCUCCUAGAUGAAGCACUGCUCACCAAGAGCCCCGCCAACCUCUCUGAGGCCCUCUGCGCUGCUAAUGUGGACUUCUCCCACUUACUGGGCUUUCUUCCACUCAACCUACCCCCGUGUAACCCACCCGGGGCCACUGGAGGCCUGGUCAUGGGCUACUCCCAGGCCGAGGCACAGCCCUUACUCACCACUUUGCAAGCUCAGCCUCAAGAUUCCCCGGGAGCUGGCGGACCACUGAACUUUGGACCUCUGCACUCCUUGCCUCCUGUCUUCACCUCUGGCCUGAGCACCACCACCCUGCCUCGUUUCCACCAGGCAUUCCAGUAGCCCCCAAGGAGGCCCUCAGCCCAGUCUUAGGCUCUGUCAGGGAGCCUCUGUACCCACCCCAUCUGCAUCUCCCAUGAAGGCAGCUGAGCUUUCAGAGCUGGGUUCAAAAAGAAAAAAAUUCCAGUAUCUGUAUGGAGCACUUGGUUUGGGGGCUCAAGCUCCAGGAUCAGUUCUAGGAGGAGCCUUGAGCCCCAACCCCAUGAAAAGAUCUCAUACCAUAGAACUUCAGGUAUUUUUACUUUUACUUUUUUUGAUCUGAAUCGGGAGCCACACUUCGCCCUCUCCCUCUCCAAAGUGUCAGACCUCCUCCUCUUUGGAGAAGGGGGAGGCCUCUUGGAGACACAAAGGGUUUCACUUUGGAUGACCUCGAGAGAAAUAGCCCAAGAAGCCCGCCUUCUGGUCCCAACCUGCAGACCCCACGGCAGUUGGUCAGGCCCUGCUGCAAAGGGUCACUUGGCUCCGUCGCCUGCUUCCCACCAAUAGGCAGGAGAGAGGGCCUCUGUCCUGCCCACCAGCCCCGUCCCUCCUGUAGCAGCACCUCCAUUUCCAGUCAGUGUUGUCCAGCAACGGUACCGUUUACACAGUCGCCUCAGACACACCAUUUCACCUCCCUUGCCAAGCUGUUAGCCUUAGAAUGAUUGCAGUGAACAUUGUUUACACGCCGUGAAUUCAUUCCCACCAGUCCAGUCCAGUUGGCACCAGCCGGAACCAUUUGGUACCCGGUGUUAACUGGAGCCCUGUUUACAAGGCGGAGUCGGGUCUCACUGACUUCUCUUCACUUGAGGUCACAUUUUUCCCCUGUGGGGAAAUAAACUGACUUUGGACUGCUUCAGUCUCUGCCAUCUUCCAUGACUAUCUGUUCCUGCCUUCCUCGGCAGUGUCUGCGAGACAGGCAAGAAGAUUGGAGCAGGUUUCUCACAGGUCUGCAAUUCUGUUUUUCUCCAAGUACAUCAUGAGCCCUCCUCCUCCUCUUGAAUAGGAGAGGGCAAGAAAUGAAAGGCAUGCCCACUUCUAUCGCCCCCAUUCCCCAGCCCCCACCCCAAACAUCAUGAGCUGUUAUCCUUAGUCUUGGAAGGAGGGACUCGGGUUCUAAGCUGGUUGGCUAGCAAAGGAGAGGGUAUGAACCCCUGAUGUGUCUCUCCUGCUUGUCCCUUUUCCAGGAAGUUGUGGAAUUGUUGCAAGAACAGUCUUCAGGAAGUUAGGGCUGGGCAGAUAGUUGAGUCCUAACCUGUGGGUACGUCAUUGGCUCCCAUACCAACCUUUGUUCUUAUCCACAGUCUCCCCAUUCCUCUACUUUGUAGUUACAGUGGACUCAGGGCCACUGUGCAUAGGCCUCUCUGCUCCCCAUCAAAGUAAUCCCACCUUCCUCUUGUGGCCCCCCCUCAAUUUGCCCCCAAUACUUAGCAGGGUUUCUCGCAACAGAUGACUCACUCUUCUGGCUUGUGGGGCUCCCUGCCACAGAAAGCACAGCCCUUGCCCAGCCGAACCCCAUCCCUGCUUCAUUUCUCAGUUCCGCACGGGCUUUACUCUCACCACUCACAGAAGGGAGGCAGCUCAGGGACCACCAAUGUGGGACCCUCAUGAGACACCUCCAGUCUGAUUCAGAAACACACUUCUACCUCUUUACUGUUAACUUCUACACAUGCAGCCAGUAGUUUCUGGGCACUUUUGUCAGCGGUGCCUCAUGCUGGCUUUUCCACUAGGGUUUCAGGACAAACUACCAAGGAACUGCCUCGGCCUCCGCCCAGUCCUCACACCCCCUCUUUCCUUCUAGACACCACUUUGCUUUAUCAUCAGGAACUGAGCAGGUCCAAGACCCAGGCUUUUGCUUCAGCCCAGGCCAGUACUCUUUGAGGUGCAAGCCUUAAAAUGUAGCUCCCUGGCCCUCGAUUGGAAGCAAUGUGGAGUGAAUAAGCAUGUUUUGAUUUAGGCAGGGUAGCUUGGGAUACUUUUGAAAAAACAAAAUGUCUGGCAAGGUUAGGAUCAGACUAGGUGAUUUGCUUCUAAAAAUUCGUUUCAGUGAGUCCCAGGGACUAAUUAAGGUUUAUUUUUAAAAGCGUCCGCCUUGGUACGCAGCCACCUCCUGCAUGCUGUGCAUGUUAUUGGGACUCGUAUUAUAGGAAAUGGUACAUGAGGAUCCAAGCAGGACUCAGUGCUGCCAUUCUCCUUAUUGUCUCUGGUCUUCAUCACUAGACCCAGCAACCCUUCGUCCGCUCCCUGCCACCUUCCGUGCACACCUCAUUUAUAGAGGCAAGUGGGCCUCUGGCCAUGGAGUAUAAAAUCUCAGGCUUAAAGAGUCCACUCUUCCCUGCCUGUCCUUUCCUGUCCCUUCCUUGAAUUCUCUCCCCCAUUAGUGAUGCUGGGAAACUCCUAGAACAGGCAGAGCAACUAUUUAAAGCCUUGUAAGUGGGGCCUUGCCCCUUCUCCCCUCUCCUUCCAUCCUGUUUCUCCUUUACUCUUCCGUCAGUACUCUCACCCCACACAAGGAAUUUCCCUAUCACUGUGAACUUUGCUGGUACAGAGGAACAUCUGCCUUCACCUUUUUUUGGACCAUAGCCACCCAGCUGUUUCUUAAACUUCCCUUCCCAAAAUUAAAAAAAAAAAAAAAAAAAAAAAAAAAAAAAAAAGCCUUAUUGGCCUGGUUGUUCAAAGGAUAAGAAUAGCUUUAUCCUACGUUCAGUACCAAACCCACUUCAGUACCUUUACUGAGGCCAUGAGAGCCUGAGGGGUGUCUGCCCACAACAGGAGCCAUGGCAUGUGGCAGAGACCAAACAGGGACCAGGAAAAAGGGGUAAUGACCCCUUUCCCCACCACCUCCAACCUCUGUCAGCAAUGAGUUGCCUUGAACAGGGGGCAGGCACCUCGCAUCCUGCACACAGCUGGUGAAGGUUGAGUGCAGUCCUGGGGGCCAGGGGAUGACCUACCCAGCUGUGUCAGCUCAGGAUCUGUGCACAUCUUUUAAAGAGGGAAGAGGUGGGAAAAGGAGCACCAAUGAGUUUCCCCCCAACCUUAUACAAAUGGCAUUUAAUGGAAAUCCGGGAAGCAGGUGUGAUUACUUUUUUGCUCGUAGAUAUUGUCCUAAGUUGAAAUUUUUCCACUGCCCUAAACUUCUCCUAGUAGUCUGAAUCCUUGCCCCCCCCCCCCUUUCUUUUUGGUAGCUGUUUUCCCCAUUCCCUCUACCUUCCCUCUUAUCUAGGAGCUGUCUUUAAGCACGAUUUUUUUUAACAGUUUAUAUUGUACAGGAUCAAUAUUUUGCUUUUUAACAAGGAUAUUUAUGUAAUAAGAAACUUUGCCUUAGGCAGGUGUUGGCCAGAAAAGUCCAGAUUCCUCUGGGACCUCACCCUGGCCUCUCCUGGAGCUCUGAACCUGCUGUGGAAGGAAUUGGCUAUGACCUUCACCACUGGAGAGGAGGGUCUGUGGCAAGGGAAGGGGUGUCCUGGUUCUAACAGGAGAAGGAUUCACCGUGAUAAUUUAGUGCUUCUGUGGAGGGGUCUGGAAGAAGUAUCCCAGCCCAGUUUCUUCAGAUGCAAGCUCACUUCCAUAGCUGCCCCUCUCCACCUCUAAAUAUUUGGCACUAGAACUCCUGAGACACCACUUCUCAUUUGCCUCCCUCCCUCCUGGUGAUCAAGGCUUUGGGGCCACUCUUUCGUAAUGCCAGAUUAUUUAAAGAGAGAAAAAUACAAGACAAAAACCUUCUAGCACUUUGUAAACACAGUGAAUAACCUCUUGGAGUAUUUUUGGCUUUAUAUAAAACAAGGUUUUUAAUUGUAAAAUAUAAGUGCCAUUAGAAAAUGCACAGGGCGUAUCUUUGUUAAAGUAGAUUUUUCAAUGUUUUACAGAAUUACAUUUUCAAAAAAAGUUUUUAUAAUGAAGUUGUUUAUUAAAAACUUCUGAAUGAUG